UUCUUUCUUUCGAAGAAAAAGCUGCGGAGACAAGCCAAAGGAGGUGGAAAAAAAAAUGAAAAUGGUGCAAGAAGAAUUCCGAAAAGGUCCAUGGACUGAACAGGAGGACCUUCUUCUGAUCAACUUUGUGCAUUUGUUCGGCGAUCGGCGAUGGGAUUCCAUCGCCAAAGUUUCAGGUUUGAAGGUGGCGGGAGACAAAUCAUAGGCCUGAACAGAACCGGAAAGAGCUGCCGGCUGCGGUGGGUCAAUUAUCUGCACCCUGGACUCAAAAGAGGAAAGAUGACACCCCAAGAAGAGAGACUCGUGUUGGAACUUCAUGCCAAAUGGGGAAAUAGGUGGUCGAGAAUUGCUCGGAAAUUGCCGGGGAGGACAGAUAAUGAGAUAAAAAACUAUUGGAGGACUCAUAUGAGGAAGAAAGCACAAGAGAGGAAGAGGGCUCUGUCUUCUUCCAACAGUUCUUCAACGUCAAAUAUUACGACAGUGAACUCAUCAACUUUCCCGGAAACUGGAGAAUUAGCAAGCUUUUACGAUACAGGUGGGCUUGAAUCAUCACCAUCAGGAGGAAAAACAAGUGAGGCAGUGCAAGGAUGUGAAAAAGGAUACUCAUUGGAUGAUAUAUGGAAAGAUAUUGAGAGCAGUAUUGAUGGAUUUAGUGAAGAGGGUUGCAAUUUUUCUUGUCUUUCAACUGCUUCUAAUCCAUCAUGGGAAUUUUGUUCAGACACACUGUGGAAAAUGGAUGAAGAUGAAAACAAGAUGCUUCUUCCUUACGAGUGUGGGACAAUGUUUUUAACAGGCUAAUCAGACAAUUCUUUAUUUAUGUUUCUUCAUAGACGCCAUGUUUCUCUGAGGAAGCUCUAACUUGUAUAGUAUGUGUUUUCUCUAAGCUUUCUGAUGUGUAAUCAUCUUAUGAUAAAGCUAUGUCUCUGUGUUUUGUGUGUUUUCACUUUUCAGAGAGGAAGAGACAACGUUAAAGUUAUGUUCCAUGAUAUGUGUAAUAUAACCUUUUAAGUUUUUCAGUGUUGGAAUGAAGCUGGUGUAACAUUAAAAUCCAAAAAUCUUUUGAUCC